AUGUCUGCCUCAGUUUAUCCAAAAUUGAAAGUUGCUGCUGUUCAAGCUGCUCCAGUUUAUCUUAAUUUAGAAGCUACAAUUGCAAAGUCUGUUAAGCUUAUUGAAGAAGCUGCUGCUAAUGGUGCAAAGUUGGUCGCUUUUCCAGAAGCUUUUGUUCCUGGUUACCCUUGGUUUGCCUUCAUUGGUCACCCAGAGUACACUAGGAAGUGGUACCACAAGUUGUACAAGAAUGCCUUGGAAAUUCCUAGUCCUGCCAUUCAAAAGAUUUCCAACGCAGCCAGAGACAAUGAUAUUUUUGUGUGUAUUUCUGGUUCAGAAAAGGACAAUGGUUCCUUGUUCUUGUGCCAAUUGUGGUUUGACAAUAAAGGAAAUUUGAUUGGAAAGCACAGAAAGAUGAGAGCUUCUGUUGCUGAAAGAUUGGUCUGGGGUGAUGGUUGUGGUUCUUUACUUCCAGUCAUGAAGACUGAAAUUGGAAACUUGGGAGGCUUGAUGUGCUGGGAACAUCAAGUUCCUUUGGAUCUUGCCGCUAUGAAUAACCAGAACGAGCAGAUUCAUGUUGCUGCUUGGCCAGGAUAUUUUGACGAUGAAAUCUCUUCUCGUUACUAUGCUAUUUCUACUCAAAGCUUUGUUGUCAUGACAUCGUCCAUUUAUAGUGAAGAAAUGAAGCAGUUAAUCUGUGAAGACGCAGAACAAAGAAAGUAUUUUGAUUCUUUCAAGAGUGGUCACACUUGUAUCUACGGUCCUGAUGGGGAGCCAGUUUCAGAAAUGAUUCCUGCUGAAACGGAAGGUAUUGCCUACGCUGACAUCGAUAUUGCCAGAACUAUCGACUUCAAAUACUACAUUGACCCUGCUGGCCACUACAGUAACAAAUCCUUGACUGCUACGCACAAUGUUUCCGAUACCAGACCAAUCAAGCAAAUCGGCUCCUCUCCUUCCCAAUUCAUUGGCCACGAUGACUUGAACAGAGUCGACGUUGCAGCUUAA